AUCUCUCAAAACUUGCGGUCACCUCUUCGUCUGCCCUCUUUCCUCUGCCUCAGCGUUUGUACUCCUACACUGCUUCAAUCUUCCUUUCUUUGCGUCUUUCUCUCUCUGUAUCGUCAUAGUCAUGAGCAGACUCAACGUCAACGCUUUUUCUUUCGUCCCAGGACAGGCUUUCCGUACCCCCCAGCAAGCACCACAGCCUGCUCAAACCCCGCCUCCACCAAUCGAACGUCCAGUUGCUACUGAAGCACCUGCACCCCCUCCUACCAUUUCCCUGAACAUCGGUGGUGCUAAGCCAACGCCACCUGCCACCCCUGCACCUGCACCUGUACCUUCACCUGCUGUAACUGCAGUCCGGGCUCAAACGCAUACACCGCCAUUAUCAAAACCCACUCCUGCUGCAAAGCUCGCACAGGAAUCUACCUCAUCAUCUGCAGUCAAGGCACCAUCUGGCUCAGGCACACCAUCUACUACCUUCACCCUCGAGAGAGCAAAGACUGAUACCGCAGCUAUCGCACAGGAAGUCCAGAAUGCGGUCGAUGAGGCUACUCUCAGAGAUCUUUUUGGACACGCGAAAGAACACUUGAACAUCGUCUUCAUCGGUCAUGUCGACGCAGGCAAAAGUACUAUGGGCGGUAACAUCCUCUUCCUGAGUGGAAUGGUCGAUAAGCGUACCAUGGAAAAAUACGAACGUGAAGCAAAGGAGGCAGGUCGAGAAUCUUGGUACCUUUCUUGGGCACUCGACUCGACCCCUCAAGAGCGUGCCAAAGGUAAAACUGUCGAAGUUGGUCGUGCAUACUUCGAGACUGCCACUCGUCGAUACACCAUCCUUGAUGCGCCAGGGCACAAGACGUACGUCCCCUCCAUGAUCUCUGGUGCCGCACAAGCAGAUGUGGCCGUCUUGGUCAUCUCAGCGCGAAAGGGUGAAUUCGAGACUGGUUUCGAGAAGGGCGGUCAGACUCGUGAGCAUAUCAUGCUGGUCAAGACAGCUGGUGUCUCCAAGGUCAUUGUUGUCAUCAACAAGAUGGACGAGUCCACUGUGAACUGGGACAAGUCGCGGUUCGAUGAGAUCAAGGACAAGCUCACAUCUUUCGUUCGUGCUGCUGGCUUCAACGUGAAGAACGAUGUUAGCUUCAUCCCUGUCUCUGCUUAUACUGGUGCCAACCUCAAGGAUCGAAUGACAAAGGCAGUCUGCCCAUGGUGGGAUGGCCCUUCCCUCCUCGAGCUCCUGGACACCAUGCCCAUGGUUCACCGUAACAUCAACGCACCCCUCAUGAUUCCCGUCUCCGAAAAAUACAAAGACAUGGGCACCAUCGUCGUCGGCAAGAUGGAAUCAGGUCAUCUUCGCAAGGGCGACAACCUCCUCCUGAUGCCCAACAAGACCGAAGUUGAAGCAGCAGCGAUCUAUAAUGAGAUGGAGGAUGAAGUCCAAUCUGCUUUCUGUGGAGAUAACGUCCGUAUUCGUUUGAGAGGAGUGGAUGAUGAGGACAUCAGCCCUGGAUUCGUGCUCACGAGUCCCACGAAACCCAUUCAUGCCGUUCGUCAGUUCGAGGCUCAACUCGCGAUCUUGGACCACAAGAAUAUCAUUUGUGCUGGUUACUCGGCUGUGAUGCAUUGUCAUACGCUCGCCGAAGAGGUUACGCUUUCUGCACUUCUACAUUACUUCGACAAAGCCACUGGCCGCAAGUCAAAGAAACCUCCGCAAUUUGCUAAGCGAGGUCAAAAAGUUGUUGCACUCAUUGAGACGGCUGCACCAGUUUGUGUAGAAAGGUUCGUAGAUUACCCCCAACUUGGUCGCUUCACCCUUCGAGACGAAGGAAAGACCGUCGCUAUCGGCAAGGUUCGUCUCACCUGUUUAACAUAUAUAGUCCAUCGCUUAUACCCUAUUCUUUUGCAGAUCACUAAGCUCAUCGACAAGGGCGUCGACGAAGUAGCAGAUGGUGUUGCCCACCUUUCUGUAAGCGGUGCUUAAGCCCAUUCAUCCUUGUUCAGAACAUAGUAGGACAUGCAACGCCCAUAUCUCAAUGUAAUAGAACGUGAGAUCAUUCACAUUCAUACCGUGACGGUGCCAGAUGGCGUACGCAAUGACCAGAUAUAUAUGGCAUAAGAUCGCAAGGUAAUUACUAGCAUACAUCCAAGUCCCAAAAGUCCUUGAGGCUUGAACGUCCCAAGUAACCAAAGCAAAGUCCGAUGGCCCUGGGCCAAUAAGCUACAUAAACCGAAAUGAAGGUAGGGAUAGUGAUGUGGGGAUAGUGAUGUAGGUGAAAUGUCUGUGUGAUGAAGAAUAGCAUGUCCAUAGGAUGCAUUACCAAAGGGUAGUUGGAGUCUAGAAAUUGUCCGGCAAGUGGGUAGAAGUAAAACGAAGGAUGGUGUAAAAAAACAAAUGUCCACGACAUC